AUUUAUGACGCACUUAUGACGCGCUUCAUGAAUAUUAAUAACGCCGUGCGACGUUCAACCAAUAGGAUUCGUCAGCGUCGACUUCGCUCACCAAGACCAGGAAGCAAGCAACCAGGCAGAACUGUCCAGAAGGGAGUGAACAGAUCUCGUACAGAUACAAAUAUCUCGCAAACGUUAAAAGAUUUAAAAUACGCAAAUAGAGUUUUGGCUGCAUUUUAUCCUGAAGUAAAAACGAAGACGCAAAAGAUGUCCCAGGACUCCUCUGAAUUGAGAGAGGAAGGGAACAGUUAUUUUAAGGCGGGUGAUGUGCAAAACGCUCUCAGCUGCUAUACAAAAGCUUUAAAGAUCAGUGAUGGACAGUCUGACAGUGGUGUUUUGUACCGCAACCGUGCUGCAUGUUAUCUCAAACUAGAGGACUUUAACAAAGCAGAGGCAGAUGCAACCAAAGCCUUGGAUGUUGACCCGGGUGACAUUAAGGCCCGGUUCCGUCGAGCACAGGCUCUGCAGAAGCUCGCACGGUUGGACCAGGCGUUUCUGGAUGCUCAGAAAUGUGCACAGCUGGAGCCAAAAAAUAAAGCUUUUCAAGAUCUGCUUAGACAGUUAGGAGCACAGAUCCAGCAGAAGGCAGCACAGAUGUCCACCACAGACUCACGAGUCCAACAAAUGUUCAAUCUCCUAAUGGAUAACUCGGCGCAGGCUUCAGAUAAACAAAAGGCCGCUCAAAAUCUGGUGGUGCUCUCGCGGGAGGAUGCAGGUGCUGAGCAGAUCUUCAGGAACGAUGGAGUUAAACUUCUCCAGAAACUUCUAGAGUCUCAGCAGGAGGAACUGGUUCUCUCUGCUCUCAGGACUCUGGUUGGUCUGUGUACCGGACACCAGUCAAGGACCAUGGCCAUUGUGAAUGAGCUUGGCAUGGACAGCCUGUGUGGUGUCAUGGGUUCUGGUGAUUCUGCUGUGUCUCUUUCGGCGUGCCACCUGGUCCAGGUGAUGUUUGAGGCCCUGACAGAAGGCAUGAAGAAAGCGGUUCGAGGGAAGGAUGAGGCCAUACUGCCAGAACCCUCCCGUGAGCUGCGUUCAAUGUUGCGUCAUCUUAUUGACAUGCUGCCCGCAUCCGGCGUGUCUGGACCGGGACGUGACAGCGCCAUCAACCUGCUCGUCAAACAGGUGCCGAGAAAAUCUCUGAAAAACCCAGACAACUCGCUCACCCUAUGGGUCAUCGAUCAGGGCCUGAAGAAGAUUUUGGAAGUAGCAGGGACGGUUCCUGAGAUGGGAGAUGGGCCAGCACUCACAGACAGCACACCCAUGAGCUGCUCAGUUCUUCUUAAUAAACUCUAUGAUGACCUAAAGAGUGAAAAGGAGAGAGAAAACUUCAGCAAGCUUUGUGAGGAUUAUGUACAGCAUCACUUUGGCAGCUCAGGUAUGGAGAGGAAACUACAUGCCAUACAAACUGUCUCAAUCCUGCUGCAGGGUCCCAGCGAUGUUGGUAAUCGCACCCUGGAGCUCAGCGGUAUCAUGGAUGCCGUAAUUUCUCUCUGUGCGUCCGACAACAUCACCCACCAGCAGGUGGCCGUAGAGGCGCUCAUUCACGCCGCCGGCAAAGCCAAGAGGGCGUCGUUCAUCACAGCUAAUGGCGUCGCUCUACUGAAAGAUCUUUAUAAGAAAAGUGAAAAUGAUCGGAUACGCGUGCGAGCGCUGGUGGGGCUAUGCAAACUUGGCUCAGCUGGAGGCACCGAUUUUAGUAUGAAGCAGUUCGCUGAGGGUUCGACGCUUAAACUCGCCAAGCAGUGCAGGAAGUGGCUUUGCAAUGAAGCGUUGCCCCCAAGUUCACGCCGCUGGGCCAUCGAGGGUCUUGCCUAUCUUACGCUGGACGCAGAUGUGAAAGAAGACUUGGUGGAGGAUAAGAAAGCUCUUCAAGCCAUGUUUGAGCUUGCUAAGUCUGAGGACAAAACGGUGUUGUUUGCUGUCGGAUCCACGUUGGUCAACUGCACCAACAGCUAUGAUGUGGAGAAGCCGGACCCUCAGAUGGUCGAACUAGCUAAAUACGCGAAACAGCACGUACCCGAGGAGCACCCAAAGGAUGCCCAGUCUUUUGUAGAGAAGAGGGUGGUGAAGCUCCUGGAGGCUGGGGUUGUGUCAGCUUUGGUGUGUAUGGUGAAGCACGAGAGUCCAGCCCUCACUGAAGCCUGCAGGGAAUGUAUCGCCAGGGUUAUUUUGGCUCUGGUGGAGAGACAUGAUGACAGGGGUUUAGUUGUAGCACAGGGCGGUGGAAAGGCUUUGUUGCCGCUAGUUUCUGAGAGCACAGAUAAGGGCAAGAUCAAAGCAGCACAAGCUCUUGCCAAGCUCACCAUCACAUCCAAUCCUGAGAUCGCCUUCCCUGGCGAGAGGGUCUACGAGGUAGUUAGACCACUGGUCAGUCUGCUGGCGCUUGACUGUACGAUGCUGCAGAACUUCGAGGCUUUGAUGGCCCUCACCAACCUGGCUGGCAUCAGUGAGAGACUCAGGCAGAAGAUAAUUAAGGAGAAAGCAGUGCCCAAAAUAGAGGGGUAUAUGUUUGAAGAGCACGAUAUGGUUCGUGCCGCAGCCACUGAAUGUAUGUGUAAUCUGGCCUUGAGCACUGAGGUUCAGAAACUUUACCAGGUUAAAGACAGUGACCGUCUCAAGUUGCUGGUCCUUUAUAGUGGUGAAGAUGAUGAGCGCCUGAGGAAGGCUGCAUCAGGCACGCUGGCCGUGCUGACCGGAGACAUCCCCGAGCUCUGCUCACGUAUUCCUGAAACGACCAGCCACUGGUUAGAGAUUUUUCAAGCUUUGUUGCUGAGUGAAAGUGUGGAUCUGAGGCAUCGUGGGGUGGUAAUCAUAAUGAACAUGAUGCAGGCCGACAAAAGUCUCGCGGAGAAACUGAUGGAGAGUGAAGCGCUGGAGAUCCUCUCUGUCCUGGCUAAAUCAGAAGACCCCACACAGGCCCCUGUCUGCAAAGCCGCCCAGCGCUGCCUGGAUCUGGCUAUUGAGUACGGCCUCAUAUGCAGCAACGAGGGAUGAAAUAACAGCAACUCUGAAUAUUUACAACUCGGAUAGGACUUGGUGGCACAAUAUACCAAGAGGUAGUCUUAAAGGCACACAUUUCGUACAGUUUAAAGAGACCAAAUAUUGUUUCAGUCACCUGCUUUCCAUUACUUGCACUCAAAAAAUGAUUUUUAAAUAUUUUUGCAUUCCAAAAUAUGAAUUAUUCUUCAUAAAUGUAGAGCUCUUUGUGUUUUAGGGCAACACAGUAUUGAUAUUUAUGCAUUGAUUUGAUACCACUUCACCAUUUAUGUUUACGUGUUUCAUUACUGAUUGUAAAAUGAGAUAUUUUGGUUUUAUAUAAACACUAAUUUU